AUGGCAGACAAGCCCCUCUUCUCCCUCGACGCUUUUUGUUCCACCCCGGGCAUAACGCAUGUCUGCGCUGCGGGCGAAAGCCUCCCACUCAACUCGCACAAUGCUGCGUUUGCAAAAUACAUGCAAGACAAGGCGGCCGGACAUAUAGGCCCCAGGUUCAAGUCUCAGCAGCUGGACCACGUCCGCGUCGUUAUUUCCCAGGAAUGGAAAGCCACGAGCAUAAACGAAAUAGGGUUCGCGCCGAGCGUUGCAGACGGGGUCUCGAUGGUCGUUGAGUCUCUGCACUGGGAGGAGGGCGACAAUGUCGUCGUUGAUGCCGAUGAUUUCCCGAGCCUGAUUGCGCCUUUCAAGAUCAGAAGUCAAGCUCAUCAGACCAGGGGUGGUGUUGCUGUUCCUGAAGUACGCUUCGCCAACGCCGAUGCUCUUGACUCUGUCGUGAAUCCCAAUACACGAGUGAUAGCCGUCAGCUACGUCUCGUAUCUCACCAGCGCCCGAGUUGACCUAUCCUACUACCGCCGAGUCGCUGAUAAAGUCGGCGCAAUUCUCAUCGUCGAUUACAGCCAAGCAGCCGGCUACGCGCCCAUCGACGCUCCAAUUGCAGAUUUCGCGUUCAGCUGCUGCCAUAAGUGGCUAUUAAGCAGUACGGGCGUCGCGAUCGCGUACUGGAGCCAAACUCGCCAACCGGAUUGGAGACCUUCUACGGCUGGAUGGCACUCGCUUGAUCCGUUGCCCACUACUCGAGCGCAGUGGGAAGCGCAGGCCAUAAGUCUUCGAGAUGAUGCGUUGGUCUUCACGCGGGGGAACCCGAGUCAUCUGCCUAUCUAUAUCCUGCGCGAAAGUCUGGAUUUCCUGGCUCAGUGGGACGCGGCGCAGAUUGAGAAACAUGUGCAGAUUCUCACGACUAGUCUUCUUGAGGCCCUUGAAAGAGAAGGGGUUCCGUCCUCGACGCCCAGAGAGAAGAGGAAUCACGGAUCCAGCGUGACUGUCCAUUGCAAGGGUGCAGCAGAGAUUGUGGCCGAGAUGCGCGCGGCUGGGGUAUAUGCGUGGAAUGGCAAUGGAAGAGUACGGUUUAGCUUCCAUGGGUAUAAUUGCCAGGCGGAUGUUGAGCGGAUUAUGGAUGUUUUCCCGGUUUUGUGGAGGCAGUAUAAUGCAUGA